AUAAUUUCUACAAAAUAAAUCUGAGUUUGUGUUGACAAGAAAUCAACGAUCAUUCACAAUGUCUGAAAUGCAGUUUCACUUUGAAAAACAAUGUUUUGGACAUGACACAACACCGGAGAUAUCCUACUUUACUACCACGCUCUCUUUCAUUUUUUUGAUCCUAAAUAUUCCUGGCAACCUUCUUGUGAUCGUAGCUGUAGCGUUAAAUCCCAAUAAGAACCUACGUACCCCAUUCAAUCUUCUGAUGACAAACCUUGCAGUCGCAGACCUGGUGGUGGGGACCGUAACCGAGCCAAUGUCUAUUUAUAUUCAUUGGAGUGAGGCCGAUAGUGAACACGUGACAUUAGGGCAGUUCUCUGUUCUUCACAUGUCAUAUUUCGUUUCGUGCACGGCGUCUUUGCUCAGCUUGGGUACCCUAGCUAUGGAGAGAUAUCUUGCUGUCAGGUAUCCUUACACGUAUAAAGUCAAGUUCUCCACAAAACGUGUAUUCCUUACAGUUAUCUUAAUAUGGACGCUAUCCAUCGCUCUAUCCUGCAUCUAUUUUAAAGUGGGAUAUGUUACCUAUGCGUUCAUUUUUGUGAACACAGCAGUAGUGAUGACUAUUGGAGUAAUAUGUUUUAUGUACUUUUUAAUGUAUCGUGCUUUGAGAUCAAGAGGAAGAAGCGACACGCCAUUACCAAUAAUUGGUAAACUUUCGGAUGAAAAUGCGACACCGGUAACCUGUCGGCAUAAUAUCACCAUUGUAGAAAAUGCCAAAAGGAUAUCGCCAGAAAAUCAGGAACAACGACUAAAUGCACCCUCGAAAUCUCACCACCAAGGGAUCGCCGGAGGAGAAAAUGGAUUAUCAGUUCUUGCCAACUGUCUGGAGAAUUCAAUUGAACAUGAAAGUAAGGCGGGUAUAUCUCGCAAGAUGCAUCAACAAAUUUCAGUAGAAAGUCUUGAGGACGAAGAUCGACAUAAAAAAAACAUUGCCGGGUAUAAACACACAACGCCUGGGAGUCGCAAUAACUGCAUCGUUGUAAAAUGGGAACACAAGAUAACAAAACGUUUUCUCGUUGUUUUGAUUGCUUUGCUAUUCUGUUACGGUCCCUCCACUGUCCUUAUCUACACGAUGAAAUUUUGUACGUCAUGUAGCUGCAAAACGCUACAUUGGUUUAGGGAUUUACAAUAUCUGUUUGUGAUUGCAAACUCCAGUGUCAACUUCUUUGCCUACGCGUUGCGUUCAUCGAGGUUUCGAAAGGCUUUUACAAAGAUCUUGAGAUUAAAUUCAAGCAGUGACUUGCAGCAAUCGGGAGCCAGAAUGGCUGAUUCUUCUACUGACAUUAUGAAUGUAUAAAGAGAUGAGGUUGAACCAUUGAAGUCCUAAAACAGUUUACGUGUGGUGUUGAUUCAAAAUAGAGUUUAACUCUGUAGUUAUGAAAGUGUCGAAAAUAAGUCGAAAACGGAUUGAAGUUUAAUUUUUCUUGGAACUUGCAAUGCGAUUCUACUUUUGAGCGAUGGAAAUUUGGAAACUACGAGACUUUCGUAUUUAGCAAUGGUAUUUAUGCCUGGUUUCCAUUUAGUCGUGAGUGUCGUGAACAUGUCAAGGUGGCUUAUGUGAUAGAAUAUUUCUAUACGUGUGCAGUCAACAAUGACAGAUUUGAAUACAGGAAUGAAGACGAAUUUACAUCCCGACAAUUUCUCAUCGGCGAAAAUGACAUGUUCACGACAAUUACGACUAAAUGGAAACCAGGCUUUAGUACACCUACGAAUGUUUUCUUGUACAUUCAUGCAUACAUUUCGACACAGAAUGAGGGAAAUUGAUUUCAAACUCUUCACUAAUUUCCAUUUUCCAAAGAGAAUCGCACUUGAAGAAUCGCAAAGAAAGGUGCUUCGUUUAUUAACACGGCCUUCAGCCAGGGGCUUCGUUCUCAGGUUGCAUCACUGAUUAGCCUGGUCCUCUCGAUUUCAAAUCCCAAAUGAUCAAUCCUCGAUAAACGGAGAUGUUUACUGAUUUUCACACUUGAUUGCUAGCGUUAUUAUAGCCUGCGUCACAAACGCUCUGGGUCAAACAAAAGGUGGCUGUAGUUUUUCGCUUCAAUCGCUUCAACAGACUAUGCGUAGUCUAGCAUUAUUAUCACAUUAAAAUUGUGUACUUUCAGUAACAGACCCUGUUAACAUUAAAUGUAAACUAAAAUA